AUGGCAAACUCCAACGUUCCGCUAAACCCAACCUUCUUUGGCCAUGUUGCCUCCACUUUGGAUGCUCUGGUUCUGUUCGAGGCAUGCUUGAGCAGUGCCCUGCAUCACGUCCCCAGACGGCCUCACGAUCGCGAACGCCAAGAUCUUAUCAAGAGUGGCAAUGUUUUCAUCUACGAGGAACACUCGUCCGGGAUCAAGCGCUGGACCGACGGUGUUGCCUGGAGUCCCAGUCGAAUCUUGGGUAAUUUCCUCAUUUAUCGCGAGCUCGACAGACCGUUCCCUCCCGGCGAGAAAAAACGUGCCAUGAAGCGCAACAAGAAGCCCACCGGUGUUACAAAGCCCGAGGUCACGCGUCCAGGAAGCGUUAAUGGAACGGGCGCCAAUAUGGGCAUGGGAGAUGGUUCGCAGGGCAACAAGGAGGCCGAACGCGCUCUCAUCGGCUCUCUAGUCGACUCAUAUCCUUUCAAGGAGAACGGUCUCGUGAAGAAGACGAUCAGCGUUACAUACCAAGGCGUGCCGCACCACCUGGUGUCUUACUACAACGUGGAAGACGUCACAGAAGGAAAGCUCAUGACUCCUUCCAAGGACCACCAGCUUUCCACCAUCAUCCCUCGCGGGGAGUUGAUCAUGUCACAGAACUUCCGGGCUCCCAUUGAUGAGGUCGAAAUGGACGACUCCCGUGGCGCCCACGGCCUCUUCGCUCACGCUUAUCCGGUCAACGGCCAUCAUCACCAAAGCUUAUCACGGGCCAUGUCGGUGCCCUCGUUGCACCACAUGGGCGGCGGCAUGGGCGGGCCCCAGUUUGGACAACCGCCUUAUAUGUCGUCAUAUUUAAGCGGUGUUCCGGGAUCUGUGAGUAACGUGGGCUAUGCACAGGCCCAGCACCCAAGCUACGGGUAUGACAAUAUCAGCAGAGCCGGUCGGUAUCCUACUAGUGCUGGCUUGACCCCCGACAUAUCCCGAACCAUGGCUCUCGAGUCGCAGCAUCAUCCUAGGCGGCACUCAGCAGCUUACGAAGCUACGUCAGGCCCAGAUAUGAGCCUCGCCAGCAGUUUGCCAGCCGUCCCGACAGACCCCUCGCGCGGCAUGGGUGGCAACUACAUGACUUCGAUGCUAUACUCGCAGCAACGUGUUCACGACUUGUCACCUCACGAGCCCUUCCCCUCACCCUCUCCCCGAAAUGUUCACUCGGAAUCGGGGUUGGGUGGUGACCGAUCGAUACAACCAUUUGACGGACUGGGUACUCGCGAGACUUGGAAUUCGUUCGAACAAUUAGAGGAAGAUCAGGGACAAUAUAUCUCCCAGGGAAAUACUGCUUGGCCAGGCAGCAACAACAACUCAUUGGGUAGAACUUGA